CUGCGCAGUAGAACUGGCCUCUCUGGUUCCUGCGCGCAGUGCCACGUUAGUAGCGGCAUACACAAAAUAGAGGCGACCGCUCAGCAAUCGAAAUAUUAAAAAUACGCAAAUCAAAAUAUCUGAUUUACUCACAUAAAAAUAGUUGUCCACGGUACUGUGACCACAGCCUCUCAAUUUUCAGUAUUGAAGACGAGCACAAGUAUGUUGAAGUUUUUGGUACUCUGUGCACUAGCUGCGGCUAGCAGGGCUGAUGUUCCCGAGGAAGAUGAUGUCUUGGUUUUGAAGAAAAGUAACUUUGAAGAGGCACUGAAGGCGCACCCCAACAUUCUGGUUGAAUUCUAUGCUCCAUGGUGCGGACACUGCAAGGCCCUGGCCCCUGAGUAUGCGAAAGCGGCGGGCAUGCUGAAGGCUGAGGGCUCCGAUAUCCGCCUGGGUAAAGUGGACGCCACCGAAGAGGCCGAUCUAGCGCAGGAGUACGGGGUGCGUGGGUACCCCACCAUCAAAUUCUUCAAGGGAGGAGAGAAGGGGUCCCCAAAAGAAUACUCAGCUGGCAGGCAGGCCGACGACAUUGUGAGCUGGUUGAAGAAGCGCACUGGCCCAGCUGCCACCACAUUGACUGAAGUCACUCAGGCAGAGUCUCUGAUUGCAGACAGUGAAGUUGCUGUCAUUGGCUUCUUCAAGGAUGCCGAGUCUGAUGGUGCCAAGGCUUUCCUGAAGGCAGCAGAAGCUGUUGACGACAUUCCUUUUGGCAUCGCCUCUGACGAUGCCCUGUUUUCCAAAUUCGAAAUGUCCGCGGAUGGUGUCGUUCUCUUCAAGAAGUUCGAUGAGGGCCGGAAUACCUUUGAUGGAGAGCUCAACAAGGAGAACCUGCUUGGAUUCGUCAAGGCCAACCAGCUGCCCCUGGUCAUCGAGUUCACUGAGCAGACGGCCCCCAAGAUCUUUGGAGGAGAAAUCAAGUCCCACAUCCUGAUGUUUCUGCCAAAGGCAGCUUCCGAUUUCCAGGACAAGAUGGACCAAUUCAAGAAGGCCGCUGAAGGAUUCAAGGGCAAGAUCCUCUUCAUCUUCAUCGACAGCGACCUGGAGGACAAUCAGCGGAUCCUGGAGUUCUUCGGCCUGAAGAAAGAAGAAUGCCCGGCCGUCAGACUCAUCACCCUGGAGGACGAGAUGACCAAAUACAGGCCCGAGAGCGAGGACAUCACUGCGGACAAUAUCAUCGCUUUCUGCACUCUCUUCACGGAGGGGAAGCUCAAGCCUCACCUGAUGAGCCAGGACAUCCCUGAGGACUGGGACAAAAACCCUGUCAAAGUCCUUGUCGGGAAGAACUUUGAGGAAGUUGUCUAUGACCCUACCAAGGAUGUCUUCAUUGAAUUCUAUGCACCCUGGUGCGGACACUGCAAGCAGCUGGCUCCCAUCUGGGAUAAGCUCGGGGAGAAGUACAAGGACAGCGCUAACAUUGUUGUGGCAAAGAUGGACUCCACUGCCAAUGAGAUCGAAGCUGUCAAGGUCCACAGCUUCCCCACACUCAAGUUCUUCCCUGCUGGAGAUGAUCGCAAGGUUAUCGACUACAAUGGGGAGAGGACACUGGAGGGCUUCACCAAAUUCCUGGAGAGUGGGGGCAAGGAGGGCGGUGCACCAGCAGGAGAAGAGGAUGACGAGGAAGGUCUGGACGACCUUGAUGACGACUCGCACGACGGGGAUGACUCUGAUGGCGAGGAGGGGCACGACGAGUUGUAGGAGACAACCGGAAGAGACGUACCCCCUCACCUUCCCCCAAACCCCACCCUGUCCUGUGAACACUGACCCCUCUCUUCCCAACUGCUUCAGUCACCAGGCAUCACAGGAACCCUCAGCUGCCACCCAAACCACCACUCCAACCUCGCCCUCCUGCUCACACUGACCCGCUCUCUCAGGAGCUCAGCACUGAACCGGCACGUCAGGCGGGAGGGGGGGGCGGGUGCUCUUCAUAGGACUCUGCAUAGUGCUCCCCCCCCCCACCCCCUCUAAAUCUCUCCCACCAUACCUUUAAGUUGUACUUUUUCUGUACAUAUUUUAACCACAGCACUGUGCAAUUGGGUUGCUUGCCCUGUUGAGGGUCAUCGUUUCACACUUUUGUUUCCAUACAUUCUUAUUCCUUUACAAAUUUAAGCCCAAGUUUUUUUUUUUUCUCUCUCUCCCCCCCCCCCCCCCCCCCCCUCACAUUUUAAUUAUCGCUAUUUGUGGGAACACCGGGCAGCUUGCAGGGAAGUGACUGUAAUGGGGCAACAGUGAUGUCUGUCUGGAAGUCAGUCUGAAGGCCAGAACUGCAUGUUGGCCUCCUAAGGCUGAACUCUCAGGGCUGUGGUCACAUCAGGGGUAAUCAUGGAACUUGGGCUUUUAAUGGAAGCCUACUGGAAGCACAAUGCUUCAACCGCUAAUACCACCAUUUUCACCAGUAUCUGAAAAUGGACCAGACAUCUAAGGCCUAUAACAAAUGAGUAUCAUUGCUCUCCAAACUAAAUCAUGUGCUUUUUUUUCCUAGUGUCUUGAGUUCAACAGCCUGGCUACUGAUUUUUUUAUUUUAUUUUUUAUUAUUAUUUUUGUUUUUGGUUUUCCUUUUUUUAAAUAUAAACUCCAGUUAGCUUAUUUAAUUUUCAUUUAAAUUUAUUUUAACCAGACCAAUUAUGACCAGUAUGCCCAUCAGUACCAAUGGUUGCAUGGGGCAGUGUUGGCCCCUUGAGCUCUUGCAGAACUGGGAUCAUUGGGAUCAUUGGGAUCAUUGGAGAUUUCUUUUUCUUUUUUUAAAUAUAUUUUAAUUUGAUCCCCAAGUCAUGCCACCCCAACCUUUCAUGCCAUCUGAGAUUAGAUCGUUACUGAAGUUGCACAGAUCGUUACCUGCAGAAAGAGAACUGGUGUGUCUGCGGCAUCUUUCUCUAUAUGGGGAAAAUAAUUUCAGUAGCCCCUCCUCCCCCACCUUCCCUCUAUUUUGCCCUACCUUAAACUCUCCAAAUGGAGUAUCUGGGCUGUACUGUGUCUCUGUGGUCGAUAUGACAGGGAGGGGCAGUGUAUGUGUGUAUGUGUGUAUGUGUGUAUGUGUGUAUGUGUGUAUGUGUGUAUGUGUGUAUGUGUGUAUGUGUGUAUGUGUGUAUGUGUGUAUGUGUGUAUGUGUGUGAGCUCUUAUGCUUUUCUCACAUCCAUGGACAGGGUUGUGAAUGUAAUUAUUUUAUUUUUGGAGUGGGAGGGAAAGGUUUAAAAGGGGAAUGAGGUGGGUGGGGGGGGGGUGAACAAGGGUUUUUGACUGUAUUGACUGGGGGCAAGACAUAUGAAAAAAUACAAUGCAUUCCAUCAUAUUAAAUUUGACUUGUUGAAAGGUAAACCGGUGGCCAAAUAAAUCAAAAUUUACAAAAACCAAACAUGUACUGGAUGUGCUUCUCUUAUAUGGUACGUACAAAGUAUUGUCAAGUUGUCUUGACGGCAUUCCUUGUGCAGAGAAACAAAAGGGCUGAACUGUGCUUGGUCCAGUUGGUGCUGAAUCGCAGGGCUAUUUGAGAUUGCUUCAGCUACUAUUUUUGUGAACCCAUUAGGCACACUAUUUCAAUAAUGCUUUCAUAUUAUUUUGGGGACCUGACACAUUUUACAAGCAAAAUCAUGUCUAUACUUCCUACUCUCCUCUCAUGCGUAGACCACUGUCAAUGUCUGUAGUGACAUUGCAAUGCAGGGCAGCCUGUAGCAUAGUGGUUAAGGUAUAUGACUGGGACCUGCAAGGUCGGUGGUUCAACCCCGGUGUACCCACAGUAAGAUCCGCACAGCCGUUGGGCCCUUGAGCAAGGCCCUUAACCCUGCAUUGUUCCAGGGGAGGAUUGUUUCCUGCUUAGUCUAAUCAACUGUGCAUCACUCUGGAUAAGAAAAUGCCAUUCAUGUCUUACUGAACCAUGCCUGCUACUGUGUUCUUUGCAAACAUUAUGCAGUCAAUUCCUAUUGGACACAGCCUUGUCAUUUGAGGGGUCUUUCCUGGUGUUUUGCAGAUGCAUGCAUCCAUGUUGCCUCCUUGCACUGGUGUUCCAAACCCUUAAUAAGCUUAUGAACAAAGUCUACGAAAGAAGUUUAAAUUAUGACUAUGACUCAGCAGUUGUAAUCUUUAGAGCAGGGGUCACCAACCCUGUUCCUGGAGAUCUACUGUCCUGAAGGUUUUUACUUCAACCCUCAUUUUGCACACCUGAUUAUAAUAAUUAGCAGCUCAAUGCGAUCUGAAGCCAUUGAAUGAGGUGUGCUUUGUUAGUAAGACCUCCAGGAACAAGGUUGGUGACCACUGCUUUAAUGUCCAAGUGCAUUUGGUUUUCAAAGUUUUAUUAGAAAUUGUUUUUAAUUGUAAGCUGAAGGUGUUAACUGUACUUGCACAAUGUACAUCAUGAACAGUUUUUUAUGGCAGUUUGUCUCACUGACACCAUUAAAUUGCUGUGUAAAACUGAAAUUGGAGAUGGGGAAAAUAAUAUUGGCAAAUUAUCAUUUUAGAGCUUGGAGAUUUAUGUUCCAUACUCAAAUUUCGACCAAAAGUGCUUAUUUUUCUCUGCUGUUUUUUGUGACACGAUGCAUGUUUUUACGUUAUCGUUGCUAAAUGGCACAGAGCUGACCAUUGUGCUCUGUAGGCAGGGUUGGGGACAUCACUCCUCUAUGCAACCAUUUUGUGGGCAUCUUCGAUACUAGAACCAGGCAGAGAAAGCCCAUUCAUGUGGGCAUUUAAUACAACACCUAGUGAUUAACAAACUAUUAAAAGUGGCAAAAUUAAGAACAUGUAGAUUGAGAAGGUUAAAAGAAUCAGAUGUCACAGAACAAUUCAAAAAACUGAAGUCAACAAUUAAACCUUACAAUAAGUGGGAUUGGGCAAAUGGAACAGAAUAGAAAAAACAAGCUUACAGUUGUGUUCAAAUAUACGGCAGUGCGUUAAAAAAAAGUGAAUAAAGUUCCAAAAUUCCAAAUCAAAGCAUUAGCUAAUUUUAUCGAGUCUGCGUUAUUCUUUUAUAGGGAUAUUAAUCUGCUCAAAAAAAAUAGCAGUGUUGACAUUUUUCAAGAUUUUACUUCAAUUUAAAUUACGGAACUAAUAUUCAGUUGCAUAACCCUUGUUUUAGAUAACUGCUGCGCAUCUGCGUUGCAUCGAGUCAACCAACUUCUGGCACCUAGAAACAGGUAUAUCAGCCCUGGAUGAACAAACUACAUACCACAGUUCCUGUGAAUUUUUGGGUUUUGCUUCAGAAACUGCAUUUUUAAUGUCCCGCCACAAGUUUUCAAUGGGGUUGAGGUCCAUUACCUCAAUCCUUUUUGUCUGGAACCAAGAUGUUGCUCGCUUACUAGUGUGUUUGGGGUCGUUGUCUUGUUGAAACACCCAUUUCAUUUCAGGGGCAUUUCCUCUUCGGGAUAUGGCAACAUAAUCUCUUUUAUUAGUAUUUUGAUGUAUUCAAACUGACCCAUGAUCCCUGAUAUAGGAAUCCAACACCGUAGUAUGAAAAACAUCCCCAUACCAUGAUUUCUGUGCCACCAUGCUUCACUGUAUUCACAGUGUACUGUGGCUUGAAUUCAGUACCUGGGGAUCGUCUGACGUACUGUCAACAACCACUAGACCUGAAAAGACCAAUUUUACUCUCAUCAGUCCACAGAAUGUUACGCCUUUUCUCUUUGGGCCAAUCGAUGUGUUCCUUGACAAAUUUUAACCGAUUCUGCAAGCGCCGUUUUUUCAACAAUGGUCUUCUGACUUACAGGUAAUUGUAGAUCAUCUUUGAUCUUUCUGGAGCUGAUGAAUGGCUGAAUCUUUGCCAUUCUGACUAUUCUUCGAUCCGUUUUAACAGUAGUUGCUCGUUUUCUUCUGCGUCUUUUGGGUUUUUGUUGCCAUUUUAAAGCAUUUGAGAUCAUUUUAGCAUCCUAUAAUUUGCUGCACUUCUUUAUAGGUUUUCCCCUCUUCAAUCAACUUUUUAAUCAAAUGACGUUGUUCCUCCGAACAAUGUUUGGAACGGCCCAUUUUACUUAGCAAUUCAGUAGGAAAUAUAUUUUAUAAUAAUGUGUGAAACAUUUGCUUCCCAUCUUCCUUAAUAAAGGGCAAUUAAUGACACCUGUUCUUUCACAGAAUGAAUGAAUGCUCUAAUUAAACUCCACACUGCUACUAUUUUGAACACGCCCCUUUCAACGAAUGAGUCAAUUAAUCAGAACAAGCAGUGUGCAUGUCAUGAUAUUUGGGUCUGUUGUUUUUCUAUUAGACUACAUCUACAAGUAAAUUAUUUGCAUUGCAGAAAUAUCACUACUACUAAUAACAGUGGUUCACCAGGUUACUGAUUUUGUACUGUUAUUUUCUUGAACACAACUCUAUAAACACAAAUUGGGUUUAAAUUA